AUGGCCAUGUUUAAGGUAUUUGGGGCCUUUACUAGUAGAGGACGUCCUGCUGCCGAGCUGCAGCAAGAUGAAAAGACCAAGUUCAUUCUGAAGCAAGCUUAUGAUUUCGAGGUGGCUCUCAAGGCUAUGGAUUUGGUUCUUGAUGAUAGGGUUGAAGAAGGUUUACAACUUCUCAAAAACAAUGAACCUGUAUCUGGUUCAGACCAGACAAUUACUGUACUUGCUAGGGGUGUAAUAGAAUUUUUAGAAGCUACUUUGGGGUUUGAAGGAGAAGCUAUGAGGAGAGCUGCGAAUACUUUGGCUAAAGCUGAACAAUUGUCAUUGAAAAGUAGACAACAUGCCCAGAAGAUGAACAUCAACAGUAGCUCUUUUUACCCCCCAGGCACUGUCUAUGCAGUAACCUAUACCGAAUCCUGCCUUUUACACGCGCUUGUUAUGUUGUUUAGCGAAAGCAUGGUGGAGGCGGCUAAGGCAUUGUUGAAAUUAAGAAAAGCUUAUAGUAUGUUGCAAGAGAUUUUUGAUGCCAUAAAGAAAGCAGAAAAAUUGAGGACUAAAGAUGGCGGAUUGGGCCAAAAUGGUUCGCAGACAAGUUUUGCGUCAGGAAAUUCUGAUUUCACCUCCUUGGAUAUUCCUUACAAGCUGUCACCAAAGGAGCAAGAAGAUCGUGAGCUUUUGGACUAUGCUGCUCAAGUGCAAAAAAUGAGAGAGAAAAGAAUUUGUGGUGCUCAUAUUGGCAAUUCGCCUGCUGUGAACAGAUUGAGAUCCGAGCUAGGAUUAAACGCUAUGAAGAGCCUUGCGAAGGAAGAAAAAGAAGAGUAUGUGGUUCUUUCCCAAGAUUUGGAAGUGGGACAAGCUACAAUAGACGAAUUUAUUCUAUCAGGUGUCAAUUUAUGUUUUGGUAUAUUGCAAGUCGUAUUGUCCCUAAUCCCUCCUGCUAUUGGUGCAGUUCUGUCCAUUGUCGGAUUUCACGGUUCAAGGGAGGAAGGUUUAAGACUUGUUUGGAGAUCUACUAAGUACAGGAAUGUACAUGGCUGUAUUGGUUUACAGGCCUUGAUGUUUUACUACGAUGGACCAUUCCAAUUUACCGAUGUGGAUUUUGAUAUUCCUCUAGCAACUUCCGUGAAACCUGGUGAGAAAGGUGAGAUGGAUGGGCCAACGCUAUUGCAUCCGGGAAAAAUCUUGGAAAACUCUCUUUUGCAAUCCAGGGCAUUCUUUCCGAACAGUGCACUUUGGCUUUUAAAUGAAGCUAGAAUGCUGGCCACAAAUGGUAGGUUAUCGGAUGCGGUAGAUUUGAUGGAUUCCAUCGAUGUUGACAAAAUUCAGAUGAGACAGGUUAAAUCGUUGCUAAUCUUUGAUCGCGCGAUUAUUUUGUCACAAAUGCACAGUUACGAGAGAGCCGCUGAGGAUUUGCUAUCUUUGCUCAAGAUUAGCGAUUGGUCUCAUGCCUUUUACACUUAUUAUGCAGGUGCUUGUUAUUUGGAGAGUUGGAGAAUGUGUCAACUUGGCCUUAAAAACAGUGAAAGAGCAGAAUUCUGUAAGAAAAGAGCAAGAGAGUUGAUCUUUAAUGCACCAGACUUACUGGGUAAAAAGACUUUUAAAUCAAAAAAUUUACCGCUAGAUAGAUUCAUGUUGAGAAAAGUGGAACAAUUUCGCCAAAUGCAAAGCCAAUUGAAAUUAUCUGAUCCGUUAGAUGCUAUUGCAACUUCGCCCGUUCAUGAAAUCGCAUAUUUUUACAACGGUUACAACAGAAUGACCCAAAAAGAAUUGAAAAUAUCACAACAACUGAUGACAGAGUACCAUAAUCCAGCAGUAGACCAUAAAAAUGUAGACCAAGAAAUGAUCAGAACUUUUCUAUUUUCACUAGUACUUCGUAGAUUGGGUGAAGUUAAACAAGGUUCUGAGCUUUUGGACAAAGAGGUAUUACCACAUUUCUUCUUGCUACAGAAUGGUAAAGUGAAGUAUGUUAAAAAACAUGAGGACCCAUGGUUAUAUCCAGCGGCACUCUACGAGCGUGCACUUUUCUCGUGGAAAUUGAAGAACAUGAAGGGAUUACCAGAAUGCAAAGAAUGGCUUGUAAGAGCUCAAAAUUAUUCUGUGGAUUACGAAUUGAGCACGCGUAUAGAAAUGAAGAUUAAGGCAGCUCUAGACAGGGUCGAACAUUCACUUUACCCCAGUUGA